AUGAACAAGUCUUUUCUGUUAAUAGCUUCCUACUUCUUCCUUGUUGUUCAUCUUGGCUCGGCGAUAACACAGCGUAGCCAAGAUGUAUCUUCUCACCAGUACGUCCACUUGGAAGGGAAUGGCCGCAGCGUAAAGGAGGCCACCCUCGAUAAUGAUAUACCUGAGGGGGAAAUAUUAACAGAAAAACAGUCUCUUCUUCAAUAUAACACUUUAGCAGCAGGAUCAUCACCGCCACCACCAUGCGUGGAUGACGACGACUGCUUUUGUAAGAAUUUUUACGACUUGACUUUAAUUAUCGAUGAAUCUGGAAGCAUAGGAACUAAAAAUUGGCAAAAUCAUGUCAUCCCAUUUACAGAUAAAAUUAUAAAGGACUUACAUAUUAGCGAAAAUGAAGUCCACGCAGGAAUAUUGUUGUUUUCCAACUUCAUCAGGGACUACGUCACCUUUGAUCAAGACGAAAGCUAUAAGAAGGAUAAGCUUUUGAAAAAAGUGGACGAGUUAAAAAAAAUAUAUGCUGCUGGAGCUGGAACCAAAAUUGUCUCCGCGCUGGAUUACGCAUUGGAGAAGUAUAUUCACCAUAAGAAAGCGAGACCCAGUGCCCCCAAAGUAACCAUACUUUUCACUGACGGAAAUGAUACUUCCCCAGGUAGCGUUACUAAGCUCCCUCAAAUGGGAUUAACAUACAGAACAGAAAAAGUAAAAUUGUUAGUUCUUGGUGUUGCAGAAGCGAAAGACAUUAAUUUAAGAGCAAUAGUUGGCUGUGCAGGAAAAAAUGCCCCUUGUCCAUAUGCCAUGAAGGCGGAAUGGGAAACUAUAAAUGCUAUAACGAAAAGGUUAACGAACAAAAUAUGUCACACGGAGGACGAAGACGAGGACAUCAUCACUGGUACUACUACCCCCCCGCAGCAAAUUUCCUGCCAAGGAGAUAAGUGUCUCUGUGAGGACUACUACGACUUAACUUUAAUCUUAGAUGAAUCCGGAAGUAUUACCCCGAAGAAGUGGAAAACGGACGUUGUCCCCUUUGCAGAAAAGGUAGUAAGUAAUUUAAACAUAAGCAAAGACAAAAUACACUUGGGCAUUAUGCGUUUUGCCGUUGAGGUAAAAGAAGAUGUUAGUUACGCACAGGAGACCAGAUACAACAAAAAUGCCCUAAUAAAUGUAGUUAAAGGAUUGAAAGACAAGUAUGGAAGCGGACAAGGGACUCGCCUUGUGGAUGCCUUAGAACACUCGUUUGCAAAAUUCACGAAACAUCCAAACAGUAGGUCCAACGCACCUAAAGUGACAAUUUUAUUCACGGAUGGCAAUGAAAAUUACAGAUGGUCUUGGGACGUACGCAAUAUAGGAUUGAAAUAUAGGAAGGAAAAUGUCAGGCUUAUUGUGGUAGGGGUUUACAAAGCUACCAUAAAUAGUCUGAAAAUGUUGGCUGGCUGUAGUGAGAAUGAGUACUGCCCGCAGGUCAUCAAGUGCGAUUGGGACCAGCUGACCAGCAUAACGGAUGUGAUCACGGAUAAGAUAUGCGAUAUAGAUGCGGGCGAGGUCCCUGGUUCGCCAAACGGUUCGGAAAAACCAGGCUCCGGGGGAGUCGCCAGACCAGACCAGCAGAACCCGCCCUCCGCAGACAGGGACGAAUGCUACUGCAAGGACUUCUACGACCUAACCCUAAUUUUGGACGAAUCGGCAAGUAUAGGAGAUUACAGAUGGGGUCAUGAAGUCGUUCCGUUUGCGACACAAAUUGUAAAAUUAUUACACGUGGGAUAUAACACAGUGCACGUAGGCCUCUUACUCUUUGCUGAGUCGAGAAGAGACAUUGUGAGAUUUUCCGACGAAAGUAGGUAUGACAAAUCGUUUCUCUUGCAAAAGAUAGAGAGCUUAAAGGGGGAUUACAGGAAUGGGAAGAAAACCUUCAUUGUGCAAGCCCUGGAAUAUGCAUUAGCGAAUUAUACAAAAGGCUCAAGUAGAGUUCAGGCCCCCAAGGUGACGAUGAUCUUUACAGAUGGUAACGACUCCAGGGAGUCAGAUGAGACAUUAUAUAAAAUUGGUUUGUUGUAUAGGCGAGAAAAGGUGAAGUUACUAGUGUUGGGCGUUUCUAUGGCAGAUGAGAACAAGCUAAGGCUACUAGUGGGCUGCACGAAAAAUGCAAACUGUCCAUUUGUGAUUAAGGCCGAGUGGGGACAAUUGCCCAGUGCGUCAAACGAAUUCGUGAGGAGGAUAUGCAGCUCGGGUCCUGUAAUACCUCCCGAGGUUGGGGGUAACGUACCACCACCACUACCACCUCUACCACCUCUACCACCUCAGGUGGAUAUCCCGAUUGACCCAGAACUAGUUCUUCCCCAAUGCCAGGGAGAUGAGUGUCUUUGUCAUAACCUGUAUGAUUUGACAUUAAUUCUGGACGAAUCAGCCAGCAUAGGAAGCUCGAAUUGGAAAAAGCAAGUGUACCCCUUCGUGGAAAAGCUCGUAAACAAUUUAGUAAUUUCGGAGAGCAAGGUCCAUGUGGGGAUUAUGCUCUUCGCUAAACAUAUGCGAGAUUUUGUGAAGUUUUCCGAGAAGGAGAGUUAUGAGAAGGACAGUUUAAUGAGGAAAGUCCCCGAGUUGAAAAGUACAUAUAAGGCUGGGACGCACACAUACAUAGUGGAGUCUUUAGAAUAUGGCCUACAACAUUAUACGAAGGGACCAAACAGCAGGGAAAAUGCGCCCAAGGUGACCAUCCUAUUUACAGACGGGAAUAACAGCAAGUCUGGAGAUGAAAUUUUGUCCAACGUGAGUUCCCUCUACAAGAAGGAGAACGUGAAACUGUUGGUGCUCGGUGUUGGCGCUGCAAGUAUACCUAAGUUGAGACUACUAGGGGGAUGUCACAAGACGGAGGGAGAUUGUCCCACCGCUGUAAAGAUCGAGUGGGACAGUCUGAAGGAUAUAUCCCAGGGGAUGGUGGACAAGAUAUGCAACACGGACACGGAGAUAACGCCACCGCCAUCUACAGGAGGGUCAGAAGGGGAUGGUGGUAGUGGUAGUGGUGGUGAACCUGCCGAUGGUCCUCCUUCUGCUUCGCUACCCCCCCCAGGUCUCCCAUGCCAGGAUGACGAAUCGUGUGCAGAAUGUGACGAUGACGUAUGCAAUAACGACCCGGCCUGUAAAAAAGUUUUCGACAUAGCAAUCGUGCUAGAUCAAUCGCGUAACAUCACGAAUGACCAGUGGAAGAAGUACAUGAGGCCUUUCUCCACUUACAUCAUUAAGUCGAAUUAUUUGGCGAAGAGUAGGACUCAUGUGACUAUAGUAAAGAUGGGAAGGACAGCAACUGUCCUAUGGGAAUUGGGAAGGAAGGCUAGCUAUAAGAAAAACCAAAUGAUCAAGAAGGUGAACACGCUGGUUAAAUCGUCCUCGAGUAGGAAAGACAUCGCCAGGAAUUUGAAACAUUUACGCGAGAAGGUAUUCGGUAAGAAGACCUCUUCCCCCUCAUCCAGCCAAAGGAGGAAGCUCAUCAUUAUGUUGGUGGAGGGAAAGUCCGACACCGAUUUGAAUGAGCUGCGAAGAGAAGUAGCGCUGCUCAAAGUGAACAACAUCGACAUGUUCGUUUAUGCCAUAGAUAGUAUAAACGAUGAGGAGUACAGAAUACUUGGGGAUUGUGAAAACAGCUCCUCCGGGCUUUGUAAGAACGCCGUGAAGGUAACCUGGGACAAUUUACUAUCCUCUGAGGAGAUACAUAGCAGGUACAUAUGCAACAAGUACCCUGCAGAUGCUGAAUGUGCCGAAUGGGGGGAUUGGAGCGCGUGCCCAGACAGGAACACCUCCAAUUGUAACAACUUGGCUGUUAGUAAACGGGAGAGAAAGGGACCACCAUACACAUUAAAGGAGGAGGAAUAUCUAGACGACGGUAAUCACAUGCAUGGAAGCUCGUGCACAGAUUUGAAGUCCAUUGAGUAUAGAUCCUGCCCUGUCACGGAGGAGUGUAACGAUGUCUGUGGCGAUUUUGGUGAGUGGAGUCAGUGCAGCGCGACUUGCGGGGAUGGAAUAAGGACUAGGCACCGCGCAGGAUCAGCCGAUGAAACCCCAAUGGCAGCUGCAGCCUCUUUCAAAGAUGACCAAGCGGACUCGUGCCACCUGUUCAACGCGACCGAAGUCGAACCGUGCAAUGUCCAGGAUUGUGAUUCUACCGAAGUAUGCGAGGACGUCGGGGAAUGGGGCGAAUGGUCCCCAUGCUCCAAGACGUGUGGAUACUCCACGAGAAGUAGAACCUUCGUCAUUCUGCCGGAAGAUAAGGAUGAAUAUGCCCACUGCUCGACGUUCGAAAAGGCCGAAACGGAGGUGUGUUCGGUUCCCGCGUGUGAAGAUGAGAAGUGCUUCGAGUGGGAGGACUGGACCGAGUGGUCAGCUCCGUGUGGGCCCCGCAAGAGGGUGCAGCGAGCCCGCCUCUUCUCCCACGCUGACAGUGGUAGUAGAAGCGGUGGUAGUACUAGCAGUGGCAGUGGCGCCGCGACGCGCGUCUACCCGAACCCAGACAGCCAGGCGGACGAGUGCGAACUUUACUAUCAGAACAAAGUCGAGCAUGAUGACGGAUCUAACGGCGUCCCUUGUACAGACAACCCCUGCGGCAGCUGGUCGGAAUGGUCCGAGUGUGACCGCACGUGUAAUGUGGGAAUGAGGAUGAGGCGCUUUAUUUCGAAUGUGACCGGCUUUGUAGGAGAGGAUACGGGUUUAUGUUUAGAAUACCACAAUGAGAUAGAGACGGAGCCAUGUCUCGGGUUGCCUCUUUGCGAUAAUGGUGAGUGUAACGACUGGGAGACGUGGGUUGACUGCGGCGAGGAGGAGCAAGCGGGAUCACGGGAAGGCUCCACAUCCUGCCAUGCCGCCCCGAGGAGAAGAAUCCUCACGAGAAAACUACAAUUGUUGCAACACAGAAAAGCGAACACGUCGAACUUUUGCAGUGACUACAAUGUGUUUAGAGAAGAAGAGUGCCCAGUGGUGGGUGGUGGUGGCACCACCCCGUGUAAUGACGCGUUGUGUAACGAGUGGGAAGAUUGGGGAGACUGUUCCACGACAUGCGGCACGGACUCAUUUAGAGUUAGAAGGAGAAAGGAGCCCCUGGAGUUGAUUCCCCCAUCGGAGGAUAUGGACGGGAAGAUGGGAAUGACCUGUGAGCAGCAGAAUAUAAGAAUAGAGGAGCGCGAGGCCUGCAGCAUGCCGGCAUGUGAGUCGUCAUCGGGAGGAGCAGGUAGCGGAAGUGGAAGUGGUAGUGGAAAGGGCAGUACUGGCAGUGGUAGUGGCGGUAUGGGGACCGGGGAGAAGGUGUCGCUGGCCGCAGGCAUCAUCGGGCUGGCGGCCCUGGGUGUGGGUGGAAUGAUGUAUGGCUACAAGACCCUGACAGGAGGGGAGGCCCCGCACAGCUCCAACAUGGAAUUCGAAAAUGUGGAAACCGAAGGAGCAGAGGCGGAGAAGUCUAAUGAAGACUUUGAAGUGAUUGACGCUGAUGAUUCCAUGUGGAACUGA